AUGAUCACCUUGGUUUGUAAUAGGCACUGUGAAAAUGGAGGAGAGUGCAUUUCUCCUGAUGUCUGCGAAUGCCAACCAGGCUGGUACGGACCCACAUGUUACUCAGCUGUAUGUAACCCCGUCUGUCUGAAUGGAGGAACAUGCAUUAGGCCCAACAUCUGUGCCUGUCCCGGCGGCUUCUAUGGCUCCCAGUGUCAAAUUGCUGUGUGCAGUCAACCUUGUAAGAAUGGAGGUCAGUGUAUGAGGAACAAUGUAUGCUCAUGCCCUGAAGGCUACACAGGAAAAAGGUGUCAAAGGAGUGUAUGUGAGCCAAUGUGCAUGAACAAAGGCAAGUGUGUAGGACCCAACACAUGCUCCUGUGCAUCAGGGUGGACAGGGAUGAGGUGCAACAUACCUGUCUGUCUGCAAAAGUGUAAAAAUGGUGGCGAGUGUUUGGGACCAAACACCUGCCACUGUCCCUCCGGCUGGGAAGGUCUCCAGUGUCAGACACCGGUUUGUAAGCAGCGGUGCCUGAACGGAGGCAGGUGUGUCCUUCCUGACUACUGCUACUGUCGGAGAGGCUACAAGGGCUUCACCUGUGCUACAAAGGCAUCACAAGCCUGAUGGAGGAGAAAUGGGAAGAUAGGAGCUACACAAUGCACAAAGCAAGAGGAGGGCAUCAUAAAUGGUUGUGACUGUGCAAAUGUGAAGGCUAACAGGGGGACAUGAUGGAUUGCACUUGUCUGCUCUGUAUAUCACUACCUCAAGGCUCACAGUAGCACACAUCUGGUAAAGGCAUCAGCAGAGACUUUCCACAUAUGUGAAUGUUACUGUACAGUAUUAUGUAAAAUGAGUAGAUGACAAAUCUGUUACCGUGAUAAUUCAUUCAUAAAGUGUAGGUUAUCACCAAUAGGUUUUUAGCUUUGGAUGUUUCACUAUUUAGCCAAAUUAAAACUUUGCCAAACGGCACUGUUUGUUUCUCACUGUUCAAAUGCUAUGCCGCUUUAUUGAUUAUGGCUCAUGUAGAGGUUCACAUCAGGUACUUGUUUAAGACUGAAGAUAUGGUGAGUUGAAAUGAUUUUUUCAGUUUUGCUUUCAUUAAUAUAUUGUUUGUGGGGGCUGAGUAAUUACCAUGUUUUGGGGAUAUAUAUAGGGUUUUGUAUAAAAAAAAUAUCAGACAAAAUGACACUGUGGUACAAGUUAUGUGACAAAAUAAAGAA